AUGUCCUCUGAUCAGAAGACAACAACAACGACAGCAUCAUCUGAUGUGACACCAGGUUUUCAACUUAAUCAAAAAAAGUUGAAAGAACUUGCUGAACAGGCAAAUGCAAUUAAAAUUGGUGGCAAAGGUACAGCUCGUCGUAAAAAGAAAAUUAUUCAUCGUCCAGCUAAUGCUGAUGAUAAAAAAUUACAAAGUUCAUUAAAAAAACUUGCUGCUAAUAAUAUUCAAGGCAUUGAAGAGGUUAAUAUGUUUAAAGAUAAUGGUGAAGUUAUUCAUUUUUCAAAUCCUAAAGUACAAGCAUCACUUAGUUCAAAUACAUUUGCUAUUAGUGGACAUUCGGAUACAAAAUCUUUACAAGAAAUGUUACCAACAAUAAUGUCACAAAUGGGUAUGUCAACUGACAGUGUUUUAGCUAGUGAAGCAGGUCGACGUAAAUUUCCUAUGCGUACUGAUCAACAAUCAGGUAAUGAACAAACUGGUACAACAAAUGAACAAACAGGUGCUGAUGCUGAUGAUGAAGAAGUACCCGAUCUUGUUGAAAAUUUUGACGACGUAUCAAAUGCAAAGUGA